ACGGUGUAGGACAUGCUCGCAAGUCUCCCUUCCUGAUCUCAAGUCUCUUGUUGAACGUUUGGAGUGAGGUGUGAUAAUCCUAAAUAGAUGAUUAAAGCUAAAUUGACCAAAGAUGGGUUGUCUGUUAAAAAAUAAUGGAGUGCAAAUAAAUCUCACCAAGACUAAAAGUUAGAAUCGGAAGAUUUUGCCAACCCAGAGCCCAACUAUUGGCUGGGCUUAUGGACUUGAGCAGACUCUGAACUGCAAGUCCGUAACCCAAUAUCAGAUUAAUUCAAUUAGCUUAUUAAGAAGCAGAUAAAAUACUCUAAAUUUGAAGGCACUCCAGAUUUAGACCAGAAAACAAAAACCGUUGAAGAAAAAGAAAAUGACUAUUCAUUCAAAGCACCUCAGGAAUUCACUCCUAACCAUGAAAAACAAGGCUAUCAUCUUCCAUUAUAUAAACUCCAAAAAACUACUAGUUUUUGAAAAAUCAGGCCAGGCCUUCAAAACAUUUUCAGCCUUCUUGAAUUAAUCAAAUAAAAAAGAAGAAGAAGAUGGAUCCCAGAGUCCUCUGCUUUGCUCUGGUACUCAUCUUCUCCUCUACAACCUCCGUCAACGCCUUCAACAUAACCAGGAUCCUCGAACAAUACCCAGAAUUCAGCACCUUCAAUGCACUCCUCAACACCACCAAGCUUGCUGCGGAGAUCAACCACCGCCAGACCAUCACCGUCCUCGCUGUGGACAAUGGUGCUGCAGGCGGUAUCUCCGGCAAGCCCUCUGACCUCGUCAAGAGUAUCCUGAGUGCACAUGUCAUUCUUGAUUACUAUGAUGUCCAAAAGCUGAAGAAGCUCUCAAAGCAGAGCUCCAUCCUCACCACACUCUUUCAAACCACCGGCAAUGCCACCCACCAGCAAGGUUUCGUCAAUGUCACAAAGAUGUCUAAUGGUGACAUUUUGUUCGGAUCAGCAACCAAGGGUGCGGAACUCAAUUCCAAGCUCAUGCAGGUUGUGACCACACGGCCUUACAACAUCUCUGUGCUCCAAGUUAGCUCUAUCAUUGAGGCUCCUGGCCUUGACCUUGCUCCUCCUUCUCCACCAAAAGCAAAGGCCCCUACAUCGGCUCCUCCUCCCAAAUCUUCCUCUCCCGCAGAGGCUCCUGCACCGUCCGAUGAUGAGGGCGUUGAGGCAGAUGCCCCCAUUGAGGCACCCACCCCUGCUGAUGCAGAUGCUCCUGUUGCUGAUGCACCCGCAAGCUCUCCACCUGUAGCUGAAGAUGUUGCAGAUCAAGCAGAUGCACCAGAACCAAACCAAUCUGGUGCCUCUCAGGUGGGUUAUAGCUCUGGUGUUGCAGCGGUGAUGGGUUUGGUCGCAUGGAUCUGGUAGAUUAAUGAACAAGCAAGGAGGGGGGCAUGUGGAAGAUCAGCUGCUGAAACGCAUGCAUGAGCCAAGGCCACGUUUAUAUAUAUAUAUUUUUUCCUAAUCUUUCUACAAAAUGAACAAUAAACCACAAUUCCUACUCAUACUGUGAAUGUAUCCUCUUCUUGCUUCUUAUUUUUGGGUUAAUAGUGGAGAGUUUGUUAAUCCAUAUUUGAUUCACAAGAACCAGAGUGAAAUAAGCACACAAACUUAAUAAAUCUGAUCAAUAUCACACUUUAAGCUAAAUGUAUCUGUUUAAUUUAUCAAUUUUAACAGAAAAUUCAACUCUAAUUCUACAAAAAGACAACAGCUUUGAUAACUUACGUUACUAUUUCAAAAUACUGAUAUAUCUAAUAAAUUAAGUGACUUGUAUUACCAAAAAGAGAAGUUUUUUUAAUUAUGUAAGAUCAAACCUUAAUCUACCACAACAGGC